AUGGCUUUCAAACAUAGUUAUCCCUUUCUUAGCUUUGUAUUUCUUCUUUUUCUUGUAGCUGCAAAAGCCAAGGAACCCUCUCCACACUCUAUUGAUGUAGUCAAAAGAAGUUUCUUUCCUAAAGAUUUCAUUUUUGGCUCAGCAUCUUCUGCUUAUCAGUUUGAAGGUGCUGCCAAUGAGGAUGGAAAAAGACCAAGUAUAUGGGAUACCUUUACUCACCAACACCCAGAGAAAAUUUACGAUCACAGCAAUGGAGAUGUAGCUAUUGAUCAAUACCAUCGUUAUAAGGAAGAUGUUGCCAUUUUGAAGAAAAUUGGCUUCAAUGCUUACAGAUUCUCAAUUGCUUGGUCUAGAGUUUUGCCAAAGGGAAAACUUAGUGGAGGAGUGAACAAGAAAGGAAUUGAAUACUACAACAAUCUCAUCAAUGAACUACUUGGAAAUGGCAUGCAACCCUAUGUCACCCUUUUUCAUUGGGACACUCCCCAAGCUUUAGAAGAUGAAUAUGGAGGCUUUAGGGGACAUCAGAUUGUGGAUGAUUUUCGAGAUUAUGCUGAACUUUGCUUCAAAGAAUUUGGAGAUAGAGUGAAGCAUUGGAUCACCCUCAAUGAACCAUGGAGCUUCAGUAUGGGAGGUUAUGCCCAAGGAGCCAAUGCUCCCGCUAGAUGUUCUUCUUGGCAACCAUUUCAUUGCUUUGGUGGAGAUUCUGGCAUUGAACCAUAUAUUGUUGGUCAUUAUCAACUUCUCGCUCAUGCAGCCGCUGUCAAAAUUUAUAGAACAAAAUAUCAGGCAUAUCAAAAGGGUAAAAUUGGCAUCACCUUAGUGACGGUUUGGUAUGUUCCAUAUUCAAAUAGUGAGGCAGACAAAAAAGCUGCAAUUCGAGCUCUUGAUUUUAUUCUUGGCUGGUUCAUGCAUCCAAUAACCUAUGGAGAUUAUCCACCUAUUAUGAGGGAAUUGGUAAAAGAGAGAUUACCAAAGUUUUCAGAAGAAGAAAGUGCUUCAAUUAAAGGCUCAAUUGAUUUCCUUGGAUUAAAUUACUACACUGCUAAUUAUGCAAAAGACAAUCCCAAAGCAUCUGGUCCACAACCAAGCUACUUGACAGAUUAUAGAGCUAAUUUAUCAACUGAUCGUAAUGGAGUUUCAAUUGGUCCCAAGUUUAGUGCAAUAUCUUGGCUUGCUGUUUAUCCAGAAGGAUUGAAGAAUUUAUUGAUCUAUACAAAGACCAAAUACCAAGAUCCAAUUAUCCAUAUCACAGAGAAUGGAUAUCUUGAAAUUGAAGGACCCCCAUUUGAUGAAAUGAUCAUGGACAAGGCUAGAGUCAAGUACCAUCACGACCAUCUUUACAGUAUUCACGAAGCAAUGAAGGCUGGGGUAAGGGUAAGUGGAUACUUUGCAUGGUCAUUUUUGGAUAACUUUGAAUGGGCAAGUGGAUAUGCUGUUCGUUUUGGCCUCUACUACAUUGAUUACAAAAACAAUUUGAAGAGAAUUCCAAAGCUCUCAGGCAAAUGGUUCGAAAAUUUCCUCAAAACUUGA